AUGAAAAACUCAAUCUCUAAAGCGGAUGGAAUUAACCAGAAGCUUGAAGAGAUAAGGAAAAAACGUAGGGAGAACAGAAAGCUUCGUUUGUCUGCACCAAAGUAUCAAGAAGAUCCAAUUGGACAAGUUGAAUUUUUGAUGUACAUAUUGCCAGAUGAAGUAGACAAAAAAUUCUUAGAUAAUACAAUAGAACCAACGUAUUUCGAUUUCCCUCCUGUAAAACCUAAGAUUACAAAGAAUUUGGGCUUGAUUAAAUCUUUAUCUAUUUAUUUUCCAAUUGGAAAAGUUUCUAAUUCCGAUGAAUGGUUUAUAAUUUCGCCAUAUAUACAUGUUCCAAAAGUAUUUCUUCCUGCAGACAAUUGGGCAGAAAAAUCUCAAAUCUUAAUCGCAGCAAUUACAUAUUCAUGCAAAGUACUCGAUGCUUUAUCAAAAGUUCUACAUAUUUCUCUUCCAUAUCCGAUUAAAAUAGAUGGAAACAAAAUUUUUAUUUAUAGAAACGAGCAACCACAUGAUUUAACAGUAUUUACUACUUCUCAUUCCAUAAAAGCUGCAGUACAUCUACUUAAUUUUAACGCCGCAACUUUUGGACAUGGAGCACCUGAUGAAUUACUUCCGAACCUAUAUUCGGCCUUACACCCAAACUCAACUGAGCUUCCUCCUGAAGAAAGUGUUGAUGAUUUGAUCGAAAAAUAG